AUGUGUGUAUAUUCCGAGGCACAAGUCGAGGCAUAUCUACAGCGCAUAAAAUAUCCCACAACGAGCGACCCCUAUGAAGAUUUUUACCGCAAACUCCAAACAGAUCCCCUUGCAACUAUAUCUGAGCUGCAGAGACGGCAUCUCUGCACCAUCCCGUGGGGUAAUUCUGGACUGCACUAUUCGCACCACCGCACUAUUUCUUUGCACCCGGAGACUCUCUUUGAGAAAAUUGUUGAGCGCAAGCUGGACGGGUAUUGCAUGGAGAGUACUGGACUGUUCUUGCAUGUCUUGACUUCCUUGGGUCUCUUUGUCUACCCCACUGGGGGCCGUGUGAGCCGUGCGGUUGCGCUGGGGUCGAAUGAUUCUCGGUAUUUGCCGUUCAACCAUAUGCUCUUGAUUGUUGUUAUUGAAGGAAAGAAAUACUUGGUGGAUGUUGGCUUCGGAAAUAACUGUGCAGUUGCACCGCUACUUCUCCGAGAAGGAGAAACAGCUCCACAUAUAGGCAAUGAUUCGGAAAUGCGUCUCAUCAAGGAUACACUUGAUGAGUUCGUCAACAAGGCGCAGAAAGUUUGGAUCUACCAGACCAGAUACAACCCCACUAGCGAUUGGGUGCCCAACUUCUGCUUUUCAGACGUGGAAUUCUUACCCCAAGAUUUUGAGAUGAUGAAUGUAAACGUCAGCACAAGUCGAACCAGCUGGUUUACUCAGGCUGUCGUCUGUGUGCUGAUGAUUAUGGACCAAAGCGAGGAAAAUAUCAUCGGUCAAUACGUCAUGUUAGGUAAGGAACUUAAAAAACGAGUCCACGGGGAGUCGAAGAUUUUGCAAGUCCUUCAAAAUGAAGAUGACCGGGUCAAAGCACUUGCCAAAUACUUUGGUAUAUCCCUGCGCCAGAACGAAAUCCAAGGGAUCCAGGGUUUGAGCUCGGAGCUCAAAUAA